CACUGUAUGAUAUAAGAUUAAUCAAAAAAGUGUCGUAACUUGACUAACGGUUGAACGGAAUAAUUGUGACAUUAACUUUUUAAGCGUUAUUUCUAUGUAUUUUGUCAUAAUUUGUAUAAAUUAUAUUAUUAAAAAUAAAAUAAGAAUUUCUAAUAAAAUGUAUUUUUAAAAAAUUAUAUUGUAUUAUAAAUAGGGGAUUUUUCGAUCUGAAACUUCAAAUUAUUUCAUAUAUUAAAAAAUUAAAUACUUUUUGGUGUAUAUGAUUAUGCCAUAUCGUUUGAAUUAUACAUCGUCAUGUAAUAUUAUAUUUGUAUUAUGCAUCAACUAUUGUUUUAUUAAAUUACAAUAGAUUUUUUGUAAAAUUAUAAUGGGAGAUGACUGCAACGUAACAAUAAAAGAGGUAUUUCAAGAACCUCGAAAAAGAUUUUGGCUGAGAUCGAGAAAACGACCAAAAAGUGAUGUAGUUAGUGUUAAUUCUAUGGAUAUAUCUAUAGAAUCAGAUACUGGAAAAAAGAAAAAGAGACGUAGAAUUACAGAAGUAGCUAGUAGUAUAUUCUCUUCUAGUACUUUGGGCGUAAAAGUUGGGAAUACUCUUCAUAGAUCAUUUAGUAUUCAACAAAACACAGAUGAUUUUUUAUUUACCGAUGAAGACGCUCAUGCAAAUACAAUAAGGAAAAAACGGAGAAACAGUUCAGAUGGUACAAAUAAUUUUACGCUUAGAAGUUGGUUGCUCGAUAUAGCAAAUGCAAACGUUAAAGAAACAUUAAAUAGCACUUUAGGUCAAAGAGAAGUAAAAAGACAAGAGGCAAUUUAUGAAUUAUGUUGCGGAGAAAACUUACUCAUUGAUGAACUUACAAUUCUUCAUGAUCAUUAUUAUGCACCAUUGGUUUCUAGUAAUAUAUUCACUUUGCAAGAAAUACGUACACUGUUCAGUGAUCUUACAAGAAUUAUUGAAAUUCACGGUAAUUUACGAAAUGAGUUGAUUAAUUUACGAGAUUGUUCAGGAUUUACAGACAACAUUGGUGCUACAAUACUCAAUUGGAUACCAAAAUUAACGGAACCUUAUUUAGAAAGAUGUAGAACACAAGUAUGGGCAAGGCAUUUACUCGAGGAAAAGAAAGCAACUAAUAAACGUUUCCAGGCAUUUUUAAAAAGAAAGUUAGGAUCACCCCAUUCUCUUGACUUAUGGGCUUACUUAGAUGUACCAAGAUCAAGAAUAGUUAAAUAUCCUUUAUUGAUCAAAGAAAUAUUAAGACAUACUACUAUUGAUCAUUUAGAUCAAAUUCCGUUACAGGAAUCAAUUAAUAAACUCACAGAAUUACUACAAAAUAUUGAUGAAGCUAUGGGAAAAGCUGAAUGCAAAUUAGCUCAAACAAAAAUCAAUAUUAAAAAUGAAUAUGAUCCAACUGAAUGUAUUAAUAAUGCUACAGAAUUAAUUACAGAGGGGCAAUUGAAAGAUGCGAGAGGAAUGAAAUUUUAUUGUUUUCUUUUUGAUACGUGUUUUGCUAUGACACGCUCUACAAGACGUAUACCUAAAAAAUAUAAUCUAUAUUUUCCUGUUAUACCAAGAGAGCAAAUAUCAUUAUGUACCGAACAGAAAAAUUGUACAGAUUUUGGAUUUAAAAUCGGUGAUUACUUUCUCAUAUCAGAAGAUAAACACGGUAAACGGCAUUGGACUGAUGCCUGCAAUAAAAUUAUUAACUCUUUAAAUACUAAAGAAAAUAAUGGUAAUGAAAAUAAGUUAAAUUUAAUAAUGCAAACGCCUAACCGGUCUAUACGAAAAUCAGGAAAUAGUAAAGAUGAAAACUUUACUUUUCCUUUAAAAAAAAAUGUUUUAAAACAAAAACAAAACAGUAUUUCUUUCGAUAAAUAACAUAAUUAUAAUUACAAUUGCACGUAUAAAUAAGUUUUUUACAAUUAUUUCAUUUUAAUACAAAUAAUUAUUUGUAUGUAAUUUUAUUUGUGUAAUUGAAACACUUGUAGAAUAAUAUUAAUUGAAUGUAUAUUUAUAUAUAUAUAUAUGAAAAAUACUGUUAAAAGUACUUAUAUUUUUCAAUUCAAACUAAUAUAUGUAUUUUAUAUUAAUUUACUCAUGAGAGAAUUGUUCUGUGAUGGAAUCAUUCCACUAUAUUUUAUCAAUAUAAUGUUGAUCACAAUUCUAAACAUGUAAUGAUUAAAUUUUUAUUUAAUAUAGAUAAAUAUUUAUUCC